GCGAGGAAAACAAAAAAAUCAAAAUGCAUGACAAGAUCCUGCGGCUGGCGGAUGUGUGGAAGACGUGCAACAAGAUCCGCGCGGCUACCUUCCGCGUCGGCCUUAACCUGUGGGACUGGUAUCGCCCCCUCGACCCAGAUGGCAACUGCUUGCUCUCAGAGUCAAAGUUCGUGUCGAUCCUGGCGGGCCCGCUGCGCCCCGUGGUGGGACUAUCGGACUCGGAAAUCUCACAGCUGGCAGACUACUUCCGCGCGCAGGACGGCCGCGUGCACUACCACCAGCUCUGCCAAAUCAUACACGGCGAGGAUGCGAGCGACCGUAGCCGCACCUCGGCCGACUGCAUCCUGGAGGCGUGCCCGCCGCCACCGGAGCCGCGCUGCCAUACACUGGACCAGUGGCAGACGCGCCGGCUGUGCUGCCUGCUCGCCACCAUCGCCGCCCGCGACCUGCCGCUCAGACCCUACUUCCAGGACUAUGAACUUGUGGCCAAAAAUGACGGCCGCAUCACAUUCGCUCACUUCGCUCGGAUCCUUCACUUUGUCGGCGUGAUCCUGUCCCCCGAGGACUUCAACCUGAUCGUGCGCCGGUUUAUCAAGGACUCCUACACGAUAGACUAUGUCGAGUUUCUUAAAGCUGUCGAGGCCGUCAAGAAAGAAGGAAUACAAGGAUUGGGACCGGCUUACCAGCACCCGGGCGCCGUGCUGGACACGACGCUCCCAAAGCUGUCAAGGCCGGAGGUGGAGGCGGGGCGGCCGGGCUCGCUGCUGGGUACCGAGGUGUUUCACCCCGCGCUGCAGCCACCGCGCCCCCCACGCGCUCUGCUCGACGUCAUGCUCAGGGUGCAAGAGUUUGUACUCCAACGGCGGAUCAGGGUUUCUGAGUAUUUUAGGGACUUCGAUGCGCUGAACAGCGGCCGAAUAAUGCCGCAGCAGUUCCGGCGCGCGAUGGACGCGAUGGGGCUGGGCAGCGUGAUAUCAGAGCAGGAGGCUGCCUGCAUCGUGCGCCACUACCUCGACCCUAACGACAAGGAGCGCGUCUGCUGGAGACCUUUCGAAGAUGAUUGCGACCAGGUAUUUACAGUGAAAGAACUGGAGAAGCACCCCGAGGUGGACCCGGGCGCCAUGGCCGCCGUCAUCGCCGAGCUGCCGGCCUCGGGCUCGGCGGCGGAGAAGCACCAAGUGGCGAACGAGGACCUGGAUCUAGCAGAAGCAGCGCUGUUGCGCAUCAGAGCGGCUUGUAAGGAGAGGACUAUAGACUUAAGACCUAUUUUCGGUGACUAUGACAAACGGCGUUGUGGGCACGUGUCCCGCAGCGUGGUCCGCAGCGCACUGUCGCGCGGCGGCGUGCUACCGGCGCCGGCGCACAUGCGCGCGCUCGAGGCGCGCUACCUGGACGACUGCGGUUUCAACUUCAUAGCUUUACUCAAUGACGUGGACUACCGCGCUCUAUGCACGGCGCUUGAGCUGGUCCACGCCACAACACGCGCGCAGCCCUGCUGA